AUGCCUUCGCAAGGAGUGCUGCCUUCCCAAGGAGUGCUGUUUGCAAGGGAUGCUGCCUUCGUAAGGAGUGCUGCCCUCCCAAGGAGGGCUGCCUUCGCAGGGAGUGCUGCCUUUGCAGGGAGUGCUGCCUUCGCAAGGAGUGCUGCCUUCGCAAGGAGUGCUGCCUUCGCAAGGAGUGCUGCCUUCGUAAGGAGUGCUGCCUUCGCAAGCAGUGCUGCCUUCGCAAGGAAUGCUGCCUUCGCAGGGAGUGCUCCCUUUGCACAGAGUCCUGCCUUCACAAGGAGUGCUGCCUUCGCAAGGAGUGCUGCCUUCACAGGGAGUGCUGCCUUCGCUAGGAGUACUGCCUUCGCUAGGAGUGGUGCCUUCGCUAGGAGUGUUGCAUUCGAUAGGAGUGAUGCAUUCGCAGGGAGUGCUGCCAUAGCGAGGGGUGGUGCCUUCGCACGGAGUGCUGCCUUCGCUAGAAAUGCUGCCUUCACACGUAGUGCUGCCUUCGCACGGAGUGCUGCCUUUGCACAGAGUGCUGCCUUUGCACGGAGUGCUGCCUUUGCACAGAUUGCUGCCUUCGCAAGGAGUGCUGCCUUCACAAGGAGUGCUGCCUUCGCACGGAGAGCUGCCAUCGCUAGGAGUGCUGCCAUCGCAGGGAGUGCUGCUUUCGCUAGGAUUGCUGCUUUCGCACAGAUUACUGCCUUUGCUAGGAGUGCUGCCUUCGCACGUAGUGCUGCCUUAGUACGGAGUGCUUCCUUUGCACAGAGUGCUGCCUUCACAAGGAGUGCAGCCUUCGUACGAAGUGCUGCCUUUGCACAGAGGGCUGCCUUCACACAGAGUGCUGCCUUCUCACGGAGUGCUACCUUUGUGCAGAGUGCUGCCUUCGCAAGGAGCGCUGCCUUCGCAGGGUGUGCUGCCUUCGCACGGAGUGCUUCCUUAGCAGGGAGUGCUGCCUUCGCAAGUGGUGGUGCCUUCGCAAGGAGUGCUGCUUUCGCAAGUAGUGCUGCCUUCACAAGGAGUGCUGCCUUCGCAAGGAGUGCUGCCUUCGCAAGGAGGGCUACCUUCGCAGGGAGUGCUGGCUUCACAAGGGGUUGUGCCUUCACAAGUAGUGCUCCCUUCGCAGGGAGUACUGCCUUUGCAAGGAGUGCUGCCUUCGCAAGGAGUGCUGCCUUCGCAUGGAGUGCUGCCUUUGCAAGGAGUGCUGCCUUCGCAAGGAGUGCUGCCUUCGCAAGGAGUGCUGCCUUCGCAAGGAAUGCUGCCUUCGCAGGGAGUGCUGCCUUUGCACAGAGUGCUGCCAUCACAAGGAGUGCUGCCUUCGCAAGGAGUUCUGCGUUUUCUAGGAGUCCUGCCUUCACAGGAAGUGCUGCCUUCACAGGGAGUGCUGCCUUCACAGGGAGUGCUGCCUUCGCAAGGGAUGGUGCCUAUGAACGUAGUGCUGCCUUUGCACAGAGUGCUGCCAUCACAUGGAGUGCUGCCUUCGCACGGAGUGCUGCCUUCGCACGGAGUGCUGCCUUCGCAAGGAGUACUGCCUUUGCAAGAAGUGCUGCCUUCACAAGGAGUGCUGCCUUCGCAAGGAGUGCUGCCUUCGCAAGGAGUGCUGCCUUCGCAAGGAGUGCUGCCUUCGCUAGGAGUGCUGCCUUCGCACGGUGGGCUGCCUUCGGAAGGAGGGCUGCCUUCGCACGGAGUGCUGCCUUCGCAAGGGGUAAUGCCUUCGCAACGAGUGCUGCCUUACAAGGAGUGCUGCCUGCGCAAGGAGCGCUGCCUUCACAAGGAGUGCUGCCUUCGCAAGGAGUGCUGCCCUUGCAAAGAGGGCUGCCUUCGCAAGGAGGGCUGCCUUUGCAGGGAGUGCUGCCUUCGCAAGGGGUAAUGCCUUGGCAAGUAGUGCUGCCUUCGCAGGGAGUGCAGCCUUUGCACGGAGUGCUGCCUCCACAAGGAGCGCUGCCUUCGAAAGGAGUGCUGCGUUCGCUAGGAGUGCUGCCUUCACAGGGAGGGCUGCCUUCGCAAGGGCUGGUGCCUACGCACGUAGUGCAGCCUUCACACACAGUGCUGCCUUUGCAAGGAGUGCUGCAUCCGCAAGGGGUGCUGCCUUCGCAAGGAGUGCUGCCUUUGCAAUGA